AUGUCCGCCAAAUUAUCCGGUCGUCAAUCCCCGCCCCCGGAGAGCCAAAGCGGUGCACAAGAAAACUCGCCACCUGGCUCCGGCCACAUCGACCACAAGUUCGCGCCUGGUCCCGAGUACGCGCCCAUGACAGCCGAUGCAGAGCGACGCGGCGACAAGAACCCGCAUACGGCUGGGCUGACAAGCAACCCGAAACAUAUCCUCGAGGAUAUUGAGGCACGGAAGUAUCAUAAGGGGCCUGGGAAUGAGGUUAGGAUGCAGUGA